GUGUGGUCCAGAACUCUUUAUCGUAUUCUCAUCUGAAAACCGUCUCCAGGGAGUACACGAAGCUUAAUUGAUCUACCAGACAUAGUUCUUGAAUCACUGGGCACUGUGCCUGGGCAUAGUUAGGGCUGGAGAGAGGGGUGAUGAUAAAAACAUCUCCCCUCAUGUCUCUGCCAUCACUCAGAUUCAAGCCCAAUCCCAGCUCCUGUGUCCUGCUGGUGGUGCUGACUUCCCUUGCUGCAAAUUCUCCUAAAUAUGUUUCUGCCCUGGGCUGGUUUGCUAAAUUCCUUAUAUUUCCUGUGUCCUGUGACAGCUUAAUCCUUAAGCCCCUGGGAAGAUGAGCCUGAGAACCCUGGUUGUGCUUCACCAAUGACACGCCAUGCCCCUGCCUCUUCAUCUAGUCAUAGGUAGUCACUCACUGAGUGCUCACCAUGUACUGGGCACUGUACUAGGUUACAGUGAGAGUGGCAGUUGAUUGAAUACCUACCAUGUGCCAGGCACCAUAUCUCAAUUUGUCUUUGCAGCAACCCUCUGAAAUGACUGGUAAUAUCCCCAUUUUACUGAUGAGGAGAUGGAGGCGCAGAGAAGCAAAGUGCCCAAAGUCAUAGCUAGAGUUAAGUGGCUAGCGUCAGGAUUCAAGCUCAGGCCUGUCUUCAAAGCCCCUUCUCCUUCUAUUAAACAAUGCCUCCUGUGGUAGACAGGUGUUAGUCAACAACAGAGAUCCACGGAGGACUUCUCCUUGGCCGGCUUCUGCUAGGUUCUGGGGUCUUCAUACAUACCAUGGUGAGGUAAGGGUUGAAACAGUCCUCUGUCUCUCUAGGCUCUGAAUACUUCCCCACAUUCGCAACAGUGCUGUAACCUUUCCUGAUCACUAAUAAGGCAGAGAGAGAGAAAACCCUAGAAAAUGAGGUAGCUUGCUAUUCCUAGGGAUAAGAAUUCCAGGGUGGAUAAACAUAGAAGUACAGUAUAAAUAGGAAGACUUCAUACGUGAGUAGAGUGAGACACGUUUUGGGGCUGUCGAUUGAUGCAGUGAUGAAGUAAAUUCCCCCAAUUCAAUCUGCCUCCCCAGAGCCCUUUCUUGCUGGUAAUUUUCAGUUCACUGAGGAAAGCAAACCCCAUUCAAAGCUCCAGACACUUCCUUGGGGUUACUUUUUGGUUAAAGAAGUCUCUUACCUUAUGCCAUCUCUGUGCCAAUUAAAUCAGUGGGAAAUCUCCUCAAGUGUGAGCACCCUGGGCCUUUACUGUGUAGUUCUCUGUGAAGUUCUGAACUUCACAGUUCAGUUCUCACCCUGCCUGUCUUGCUUUCUCCCUUUCCUCAGGAGUUGACUUUAAGAUGAAGACCAUAGAGGUAGAUGGCAUCAAAGUGCGGAUACAGAUCUGGGACACAGCGGGGCAGGAGAGGUAUCAGACCAUCACAAAGCAGUACUAUCGACGGGCCCAGGGAAUAUUUUUAGUCUACGACAUUAGCAGCGAGCGCUCUUACCAGCACAUCAUGAAGUGGGUCAGUGAUGUGGAUGAGUAUGCACCAGAAGGCGUCCAGAAGAUCCUCAUAGGGAAUAAGGCCGAUGAAGAGCAGAAACGGCAGGUGGGAAGAGAGCAAGGGCAGCAGCUGGCUAAGGAGUAUGGCAUGGACUUCUAUGAAACAAGUGCCUGCACCAACCUCAACAUUAAAGAGUCUUUCACGCGUCUGACGGAGCUGGUGCUGCAAGCCCACAGGAAGGAGCUGGAUGGUCUCCGGACACAUGCCAGCAAUGAGUUGGCACUGGCAGAGCUGGAGGAGGAUGAGGGCAAACCUGAGGGCCCAGCAGACUCUCCAAAAACCUGCUGGUGCUGAGGGUCCUUUGUGGGGUACCCGACUCAAUACCCGCCUCCCCUCAGGAGGACUGUGGGCAGAUGGGAGCCUGGGCUUUGCCCCACUGCUGUCCUCUCAUUUGGAUGACCCUGUUGAAUAUCAGUAGCUGUUACUCCCACCUGCCUGGCCCUGACAGCAUGGCUGCUGUCAACUCUGAGCAGCCUUGCCCCCAGCCCUCUCCUUGGAGUGGUGUCCUUCAGCCUGUUUCCCCAGCCACAAGCCUGCUAUGACCCCUAAGUGCUGCGAGCAUGGUCUCACUGCCCCGGGCUUCCCAGACGAUGGCCAAGUCUGGAGUCAAGGCCACUUGGAGGCUCCUUCUUUCUCAGUGGAUUUUGUCUCCUCUCUGCUUUUUCUCUCUUCUUCCCCCUUUUUGUUCUUUGUCUCCUUCCUCUCCAGUGUGUUUUGUAUCAAAGCCCCUCAUAGCCUUUUCCCCCUGUG